AUGGGUAUUCGUUGCCAAUCAUUGAGUGGUACCACUGACGACAGCUCUUCCUUUGGCGAGGCCCUCACAGACUGCCAGAUAGAGGAAAUGGUGGUAAAAAAGGUCACGAAGGUUUACGACCAACGGCCUGACGCGAAGAAGCUGAUCGACCUGCUCCACCUAGAUCGACGAAUCCUGCGCGGGAUGAUCAUUCAAUGCAAAGUGGUCGUCACCGCACUCAACGUUUCUGAAGACGAGAAUCUCAAGGACUUGUUCACGCCAAAUUCGUUGCGCUACGAAAACGCUGGCGAGUGCCUCGAAGGCGACAGAAUGAUACCAUUCACAGGGUAUCUGAACCUGCGCAUAGCUGUCAUUAUCGAAGAUACGAGCAGUUACCGCUGA